GCUUAGCAAAGGUGGUUGAGUUUCGGGAAAGGGCUGUUACUAUUUAAAGCAGAAACUAGGCCCUGUUUGGUGGCUCCCACUUGUAAUCCCACCACUUUGGGAGGAUUGGGAGUGGCCGAGAUCACGCCACUGCACUCCAGCCUGGCGACGAGCAAGACUCGUCUCUAAAUAAAUAAAUAAAUCCAGAUUGUGCAUUUUAUAAUACUAGAUGCUCGUUUUGUCAUAUGUUAAUCCAAUUUACUUCGUUAAAGGUGUCAAGAUUCUGCCCUCCAAGAAAGUCUUGCCAUGAUUGGAUAGGACCCCCAGACAAAUAUUCAAACCUUCGACCUGUUCACUUUUACAUACCUGAAAAUGAAUCACCAUCGGAACAAAAGCUUAGAAAAUUAAGACAAGAAACACAAGAAUGGAAUCAACAGUUCUGGGCAAACCAGAAUUUGACUUUUAGUAAGGAAAAAGAAGAAUUUAUUCACUCAAGACUAAAAACUAAAGGCCUGGGCCUGAGAACUGAAUCAGUCUUAAUGGUUAAGCUGAAAUUAACUUCCAGGUCAGAAGGCAACAUUGAAUGCAGAAGAAAUGGCAGACUUUUACAAGGAAUUUUUAAGCAAAAAUUUUCAGAAGCACAUGUAUUAUAACAGAGACUGGUACAAGCGCAAUUUUGCCAUCACCUUCUUCAUGGGAAAAGUGGCCCUGGAAAGGAUUUGGAACAAGCUUAAACAGAAACAAAAGAAGAGCAACAACUAGGAGUCCACUCUGACCCAGCCAGAGUCCAGGUUUCCACAGGAAGCAGCUGGUUAGAGGAGCUCCUUUUACAGGAGCUCUGAGAAAAACUGGAACUGAGCUCGAGAAGCCCCACAUCUCCCUAAGGGGCCCCAUGGCCUGUUUGGGGGCAGGGUGGGUCCUGGGGCACUGUGGGCUGCCUGCCUGCUGAUGUGGGCUCUAGGCCAGCUUGUUGUCACGGACAUGGUGUCAAAUAAAGCCCAAGCACUGGG